GGAUGUGAUAGGUCUGGAUUUCGUUGCAUCCACUCCAGUCAGUCUCCUUCAGCUCGCCCUUCUACCGGUGACGCCUGCCUCGGCCGUACCUAGUGAGCAACAUCUACUAAAAAGUCACUUAAGUUUAACACUAGACCCAUCCUUACCUGAUACAAUGGCUGUGCCUCCUUGCUAUUGUGACCUGGGCAAGUCUGCCAAGGACAUCUUCAACAAAGGCUAUGGAUUUGGCUUGGUGAAGCUUGAUGUCAAGACAAAAUCUGCCAGUGGAGUGGAGUUCAAAACAGCCGGUAACUCCAACACUGAUACCAGCAAAGUUGCGGGCAGUCUGGAAACUAAAUACAAGAGGGCAGAAUAUGGCCUGACCUUCACCGAGAAGUGGAACACUGACAACACCUUGGGAACAGAAAUCACCGUUGAAGACCAGAUUGCCAAGGGACUGAAGUUGACUUUUGACACAACCUUCUCACCAAACACUGGCAAGAAGAGUGGCAAAGUUAAGACCGCCUACAAGCGUGAGUUCGUCAACAUGGGCUGCGAUGUUGACUUCGACUUCGCUGGCCCCACCAUCCACGGAGCUGCUGUCGUCGGCUACGAGGGGUGGCUCGCUGGUUACCAGAUGAGCUUUGACACCGCCAAAUCCAAGAUGACCCGGAACAACUUCGCCAUUGGCUACAAGACCGGUGACUUCCAGCUGCACACCAAUGUUAACGAUGGUGCUGAGUUUGGAGGCUCCAUCUACCAGAAGGUGAGCGACAAGCUGGAGACGGGGGUCAACCUGGCCUGGACCGCCGGCAGCAACAGCACACGCUUCGGUAUCGCUGCCAAAUACCAGCUGGAUAAGGAUGCAUCCAUCAGCGCUAAAGUGAACAACAAUAGCCUUGUUGGUGUUGGGUACACCCAGACUCUUAGACCAGGUGUGAAACUCACCCUGUCUGGUCUGGUCGAUGGCAAGAACAUCAACGCAGGAGGCCACAAGGUGGGUCUGGGCCUGGAACUGGAAGCCUAAGCUUUCAACAUACUGCAAGGGACUAGGGAAUAUCAGAAGAAUCUGGCCUUACAGUGUAUGUCCAACUCAAACCAGCAGGGGAUCACUUGGAGAGAUUGGUUCAAAGGCUACAACAACAAACUCUAACUUGUUGUGUAUCACCUCAAGUUGGUGCUUCUGUCAUUGGUAUAUUUGACCUUUGUUGCUUUUUACUUUGUAGUUGCAUCUAUUCAGGAGACAGUGGGUGGCAUAUUAUUUAUAAAUCAUGUCAUUGUUUGUCAAGCACUGCCAUAAUAAUGAAAUACAAUCCUUUCGCCCGUCACCAACUCUGUGUGGCUUUAUUGUGGUAAUCCCCAGAUGGUCAACAUCAGUUGAUGGUUUUAUGUGGUGAGCGUUGUCAUACCUUCUCUCUGAUUUUAUAAUCGUGACCAUCUGAUAUUCCUUUGUCAUCCCAACAGUUUUAAUUGACAAACCUUGUUAAAUACACUAGUCUUUUUUUCUGAUAUUAUUUAAAAUACUGCUGCACCCAUCCUGUUCAUGCACACAAGGACAAACUAAAGCUCUGUAAUGAAUUGUUUUGUGUUGGCCAUAAUGGUUGUGAUGUUCUGUUAGACCUUCCCUUAAACUGAGCAGUUUUUGGGUUGCUUAAAGUUGGGUCUGUAAUUUUGAGAGAAACAUGUACAUGUGGCCGACAUGGCAGAAUUAGUUUAUGUUCAUUCUGUACCAACAGACAACUGGGGGGGGGCUGCAUAAUUCAUGUUCACAGUAAUGCCAAACUAUCAUUGUCCUCGAGAUGUAACUCCAAGUUGCUCUCUUGGAAAGUGCUUCCCUGUGCUGGGCAGUGACAAAGCCCGCAGGAAGUCUUGGAGGUCCUUCUGUGUGUAUGUAAACAUUUUCAAUAAAGUCUUUGAACUCUACAAAUG